CCACCCCCCUUUCUUAGAGUCUGACUGAAUUCACCUGUUCCCCGUUACCCCUGAUUUCCUGGACUUCCUCAGGAACAUACCAGACUGAAUAUCUACAAUGCUGAUCCCAUUAGGCUGAGCUGAUGCUGAGUUUCCAUUCAGUGCCGACCCACAAAUGUUAGCAUGCACCUUCAGGGCUAAUGUAAGUGCUGUCAGCAUGUAAAAUAAAAUAAGCUGAACGCAGCCUAAAGGUAGUCCAGUGGAAAUGUCAUCCCUGACUCUCUGUUAACGCUGUGAUGUGGACGCAGCAGUGACAGCACAGCACUCAGUGCUGGACUUUACUCCUGCUUCCUCCACAUGACCAGCUGUCCGUAUAUACUCAGUCCUGAGCGCACACACAGCAAUCAGCAGCUGACAGACAGAACAGGAAGCACAGCAGCUGCAGUGUCAGAGAUGAAGGUCCUCGUGGUGCUCGUCCUCGCUGUUUUCACCGCAGGUUGCAAUGCCAACAUCAUGUGGCACGAGCAGCCCAAACAGCAGGCCGACAUGGUGAAAGAUGCUUUCUGGGACUAUGUUGCAAAGGCGACCGCGACUGCUGAGGAGUCCCUGAAGAAGAUCAGAGAGUCCCAGCUGGGACAGGAAAUGACCACCCUCAUCGCAACAGGCACUGACACCAUCAACACCUUCACCAACACCAUGCACUCUAAGGUGGCUCCUCUGGCCCAGGGCCUCAUGUCUAAGUUUUCCCAGGAGGCAGAGCAGCUGAAGGCCGGUCUAGAGAAGGAUCUGGCAGUCAUCAGGACCCGCCUGCAGCCCUAUACCGAGGAACUGAUGGCCAAGAUGGAGGAGCUGAAGAAGGACACUGCCCCCUACACUGAGGACCCAGAGGCCUUGAAGGCCGUCCUGCAGCAGAAGAGCCAGGAGCUGAAGAGGCAGUUGGAGCAGAAAAUGAACCGGCUGCAGGCCCAGAUGGUUCCCUACACCGAGGAGAUCAAGGAGAAGAUGCAGGAGAGCCUGGAGGAGUUUCAGAGGAGCCUUGAGACCCAGAUGACUCAGGUGACCCAGAGGAUCAGAGGUCUGAUCUAUGAACGUCCUUCAUAAAACUGACCCAAUAAAUGGACUAGAAUCAUUUCUGCUGUCUCGUCAUCAGUGGUUGCUGCAAAGUCAGGCUGGAUUUUAAUGACUGGAUAGAAAACAUGAUACCUCAUUUUCAAGAUUUUACAUCUGUGAAAGAGCCUCUCAGAGCUCUGAGAUCUCUUACAUGUUACGUUUUACCACUAAAAGUGUUAUCGGAAAAACAACAAUAAACGCAUUCAAUGAA